AUGUUUACCGUUAACUAUGUCCGCCCUGCUGUACUACCGAGUUCCCCACCCUGCUGUACUACCAAGUUCCCCACCCUGCUGUACUACCAAGUUCCCCACCCUGCUGUACUACCGAGUUCCCCACCCUGCUGUACUACCGAGUUCCCAGCCCUGCUGUACUACCGAGUUCCCCGCCCUGCUGUACUACCGAGUUCCCCACCCUGCUGUACUACCGAGUUCCCCACCCUGCUGUACUACCGAGUUCCCCACAUUGUUGUACUACCGAGUUCCCCACCCUGCUGUACUACCGAGUCCCCCACCCUGCUGUACUACCGAGUUCCCCACCCUGCUGUACUACCGAGUUCCCCACAUUGUUGUACUACCGAGUUCCCCACCCUGCUGUACUACCGAGUCCCCCGCCCUGCUGUACUACCGAAUUCCCCACCCUGCUGUACUACCGAGUUCCCCACCCUGCUGUACUACCAAGUUCCCCGCCCUGCUGUACUACCGAGCUCCCCGCCCUGCUGUACUACCGAGCUCCCCGCCCUGCUGUACUACCGAGGUCCCCGCCCUGCUGUACUACCGAGUUCCCCACCCUGCUGUACUACCGAGUCCCCCGCCCUGCUGUACUACCGAGUUCCCCACCCUGCUGUACUACCGAAUUCCCCACCCUGCUGUACUACCAAGUUCCCCGCCCUGCUGUACUACCGAGCUCCCCACCCUGCUGUACUACCGAGUUCCCCACCCUGCUGUACUACCAAGUUCCCCGCCCUGCUGUACUACCGAGCUCCCCGCCCUGCUGUACUAUCGAGUUCCCCGCCCUGCUGUACUACCGAGUUCCCCGCCCUGCUGUACUACCGAGUUCCCUACAUUGUUGUACUACCGAGUUCCCCGCCCUGCUGUACUACCGAGUUCCCCACCCUGCUGUACUACCGAGUUCCCCACCCUGCUGUACUACCGAGUUCCCCACCCUGCUGUACUACCAAGUUCCCCGCCCUGCUGUACUACCGAGCUCCCCACCCUGCUGUACUACCGAGUUCCCCACCCUGCUGUACUACCGAGUCCCCCGCCCUGCUGUACUACCGAGUUCCCCACCCUGCUGUACUACCGAGUUCCCCACCCUGCUGUACACCCGUUCAAACAACAGGAACCGCGGACCCUGUUUCAGCAAGAAAACGCAAGGCCACAUGCAGCACGUCUUGUGAGAGGUAUAAUGCAUGCCAAUUACGUCUUGCCUUGGCCAGCACGAUCACCAGCUAUCACCUAUAUGCGGGGUCACCUUUACCGUAA